UACUUAUAGUAUAUGGCUGGUCGAAUCUUGUGCCUGGUAAGGGAAACCCUAGUAGAAGCCUAAAAGAAGAAAGCCAACGCCUGCUCUCGCGAUCCCGUAGAAGCUGAUGGCGCUGCGCUCUCUUCUCACAAAGAUGCCGGCCCUUGGUAGCAGGUCGCUGCCGAUGGCCCCCGCGAAGCUGCCCGUCCACGCGCUCUCGCCGGCAGCGGGUUCUCGCCUCUUCCACCAUGGUGAUACCGAUACGCAGGGACAAAUGAUAUAUUCUGAGGACUCGCUGGCCCGAUUGCGGGAGAAGACCAAUAAGCAGUUGGAGCAAUUAACCAAAGAUUUGAAGAAUUGGGAAGAAGGCUAUAAAGAUUAUGAUUGGCGUCAGGAUGAAGACUAUAUAAAAUUCCGCAAGACACUUCGUGAAAUUGAGAUGGCUUGUUAUGUUGUUCUUUUCAUAACCGUGCCUGGAACUGCUGCAAUGUUGUAUAAUUUAUUUUAGUGGGCCUAUUUAUGUUAGGGUUUUAGCUAUGAUGGUGGUUGUAAGUUAUUCAAUAUCCAGUUAUUUAUGUAAAUGUUAACGUGUAUGCUAAGCACUUAUGUGAGCUGAAAAUGCAGUUGACUUGUGGUGGUCUUAAUAAUUCCCAUUACUGA